GUCAUAUAUGAGACCCUUUAUCAGUUGGCAGUUCCCAGACAAAAAUUGUUUAUUGAAUUACUACCCUUUACCAGUUUCAGGAUACAAGAAUGGCUAGCAAGAGCGAUGAGCAAGAGGAUCAAACCGAAUGGUCCAAUGUGCACGUCUUCAAUUUUCCUUGGGAGCGUAUGGUGGAGGCAGCCUAUCGCAAGUAUCCCAAUCCCUACUCAUCCAGCGUGCACUCUCUAGACACACUGGAGCGUAGCGUGACAGCUGCCCCGGGAGAGGCAGUUGGCACACGUAUCCUCAGUCGUAGACUGUUCUGUACUCGGUGGAAUAUACCCUCUUUCAUUACUAGGAUGACUGGUACUGAUCCAGAAGUGACGGUCAGUGAGCAGUCGGUGUGCGAUGUGGGCCGACAAACUCUCACUAUACGAGCAAGAAAUAUCUCUAAACAGAAUUUCUUCACCAUGGAUGAGACACUUGUGUACUCAGUGUGUCCAGAGGAUCGCAAUAAGACUGUAUUGAAGCAGAGCGCUAAUGUCAACAUAACCAUCCCAGUUAUUGGUGGACUUCUGGAGAGCAUAUGGUUGAGCCAGUACAAGAGCACAGUGGACAAUGGCAGAAAAGGAAUUGUAUCGGUAGCAGAAAAAAUAACAGAGGAAAUCCUCUAGACACUCAUGAUAAUGAUCUAACCCUCUCUUUUUAAUAUGUCCAUAUAUGAAUUCACGUGAAUGCCAGAGUGCUCAUUUUUCUAUCUGCACAUAAAAUUAAUUUUUCAGAACUAUUUAUAUUCAAAAUACAUGUUUACACAAAAUGAAAUGAUUUGUAUAAUUAUAAUUAUAAAGGUUA